AUGUGUCAAUCUUCGAAGAAAGAUUUCUUCAAAAAGUUCCUCUACGAGCCUUUGCCUGUCGAAUCUCAUCUUGACCAUUGCCUCCACGACCAUUUCAAUGCUGAGAUUGUUACGAAGACUAUCGAGAACAAACAGGAUGCAAUCGAUUGUAUUGCCAUCAAAGACGAUAUGGAUACGAUGCCGCUGAAUUUGGGGAUGAUUGCAGCCUACUACUAUAUUUCUUAUACCACUAUAGAAUUAUUCUCCAUGUCGCUUCAAGCAAAGACUAAGCUAAGAGCAUUGAUCGAAAUCAUUGCAAAUGCUAGUGAAUUUGCCUCGAUACCUAUGCGACAUCGUGAAGAUAUGAUACUCAAACAGCUUGCUGCUCGCCUUCCAGGGCAGCUAAAGAACCAAAAAUUCUCGGAUCCUCAUGUAAAG